AUGACUACGUUGUAUCAGGUCAUCGUUCUGAUCUGCACCCAGGUUAUGGUCAUCGGACUCAAGAGAUCCUCAGAGUUUAGGAAGGGAAAAGAAACUGUUGACAAAGCUACUGGGAAUUGCAAGUCAGCACAAGUCCCACAACGUCGUACUGACAGCCAAUCCCGUGAAAACGGGGAGACUUUUGAAUCCAGAACACAAGACCAUCCUGCUGAAGAUUAUCCAAAAUUUAAUAGAGAACAUCAGACAGCAGACCAUCCAAUGAAAGACCAUAAGACAAACCGACAAAACAGGAUUCAGAUAAAAACUCAUGAAAUGACAGAUACCCAGACAAAAGACAGCUCUCUGACCCUCCAAAACCGACGUGUGAUCAAAACUGUAUCGGCCCUUGCGAUCAUUUUUCUGGUGUGUAACGCUACGAGAAUGGCAGGCGUCUACACCUAUAUCCUGUCUAAUCCCGAUCUGAAUGUUUUCAAACGUUGCAACAAUGUGAUGGAUCUGGUGAAAAUAUUUAUUUUCUUGUUCCAGGUCAUCAACUCUUCUGCCAACACCUUGGUUUACUACCAUUUCAAUCCCGGCUUCAGAAAAAUAUUCCGAUCAGUAUUUUGUAGGUGUGGAAAAAGUGGCUGA